AUGGAAGAAGAGAAAAACCAAUUAGUUAAUGAAGUUGAAAGCAGAAUUAAGAAGAUUAUGGAUAAUCCAGACAAAAUGGAUAAGCAGUGGAUGAAACGUUCAAUCUACAAUAUACCAGCUUCUGUCUCAGACCUUAACAAGCAAGCCUAUCGGCCUCAGGUAGUCUCCUUUGGCCCUUUCUGUGUUUAUGAUUGUUAUAUCAGGCCAACGCAGGCACACAAGCACAGAGCUGCUGUUCAUUUUCUAAGAAGAAGUGGGAAGCCUAUUUCGCUUCUUGUUGAAUCAUUAGCUGAAGCUGUUGAUGAUUUAAAAGAGUCGUAUGGAUAUGGUGUUAAUGAUUGGAGUCAGUACAAUUUGCUGGAAAUGAUGAUUGUUGAUGGGUGUUUCAUGUUGGAAAUACUACACUUUAAUUCUGAUGGUCUCAAUGAUUAUGGUCCUGAUGAUCCAAUCUUUAGCAAACAUGGCAAGCUAUUCAUCAUGCCGUAUAUCAGGCGUGACAUGUUGGUGCCUGAAAAUCAGUUGCCAAUGCUUGUCCUGGAGAGGCUACUUCCUGUUGAAAGAGGAGCAGAAACGAGUGCAGAGUAUAUCAACAAGCUCAUUCUCAACUUUUUCUUUCCUAACACUGCCAUCCCAGUUCGGGAAAAGUGCGUACAUGUGCUAGAUUUGUACAGGAGAAGCCUGCUUCAGCCUCAGGCUUCGGAGAAAACCCAUUACAGCAUAUCAGAAGACGUCCAUAAAGACCAUGACAAUGUCUAUAUUAGGUCUGCUACAGAGCUCAAUCUAGCUGGAAUCCAAUUCCAGAAAAGCGAAACCAGAUGCUUAGAUGACAUCUCAUUCCAAGGAUUCAUCCUCAGCCUCAGACUGAGUAAAUAUUUCUGA